AUGGAAAAUACUUCUGGGUUUAUUAACGUGGAUGAGCAGAUGGAACUUCCUCCGGGAUUCCGAUUUCAUCCAACGGAUGAAGAGCUCAUAAGUCACUACCUCUGCCCCAAAGUUCUUGACAACUUCUUCUGUGCUAAAGCAAUUGGUGAGGUGGAUUUGAACAAGUGUGAGCCCUGGGAUUUGCCUCGGAGGGCAAAAAUGGGAGAAAGAGAAUGGUACUUCUUCUGUGUGAGGGACAGAAAAUACCCAACUGGUCUAAGAACAAACCGGGCAACGGAGGCCGGGUACUGGAAAGCCACAGGCAAAGAUAAGGAGAUUUACAAGGCAAAAACCUUGGUUGGAAUGAAGAAAACUCUUGUUUUCUACAAAGGAAGAGCUCCAAAAGGUGAAAAGACCAACUGGGUGAUGCAUGAAUACAGAUUGGACGGCAAAAACUCUGCCUGUAAUCUCCCCCAAACAGCAAAGAACGAGUGGGUGAUUUGUAGAAUUUUCCAAAAGAGUAGCGGUGGGAAGAAGAUACAUAUUUCAGGUUUGGUGAGGCUGAGCCCCUUCGGGAACGAAUUGCGCUCCUCUUUAUUGCCACCAUUAAUGGAUUCUCCACCAUACAACAGCGACGCUAGAACAACCCCCACCGCCGGCGAAACCUCUUACGUGUCCUGCUUCUCCGAUCCACCGGAGGAUCAGAAGACUCAGGACGACAUUAUGGACAGCUUCAACAACGGCAACAACCACCACAACAACGACAUUCCUUACGCUUGUUCAUCGCCUUCGAAUCCCUCAUCUGAUUUGAACUCCAUUUACUCCAACCAAAUCACACCAAACAUUGGACUUUUGCAGCACCAAAACUCAGUUUUGAUGCAGGACGAGUCGUUUAUGAGGAUGUUGACUGAAAACCAAGCACCAAACUUGAGGCGUAGUGCGAAAAUAGAGUUCCCACAGGACGCUGGGCUGAGCAUUGAUGCUUCCUCAGUGGUUUCAAACAGAGAAAUGGCGCAGGAUGAUCCAUCGUAUUCUUCCGCUCCUGUAGAAUUCGAUUGCCUCUGGAAUUAUUGA